AUCAAGUGUCGGAGACACAGGUCAACUCAACUACAACCGGAGUACCAUAACCUAUGGACAACACCAACAUGGUCGUGGUGACGACGCGGGAUUCCGGAAUCCUGGCACGGUUCCUCAUCAAGCCCGCGGCAUUCCACCCGUGGCGCGACCGCGCCACCACGCAGCCCACGCACCAACGCCGCCCUAAUAAAUCCCCUGCGCUCCGCGCCCGCCGGCUCGCAACCCUAACCUUCCUCCCCUGCUCCGCCGCCGCCACGGUCGCCUCUACUGCCAUGGUGAGCGCUGAAGUCGGCAUCGAUUACGUGCUGUGGACGGAGGACGAGGUGUCCACCCGCGUGGGCGAGGUCGCCGCCGAGCUCGCGGCCGACCUGCGCGCGUUGCCGGAGCCCGCCGUCAUCGUCGGCGUCGCCACGGGCGCGUUCCUCUUCCUCGCUGACCUCGUCCGGCGCGUCGACGUGCGGCUCGUGGUCGACCUCGUGCGCGUCGAGUCCUAUGGGGCGGGCACAGAGUCCAGCGGCAAGCCACGUAUCACGGCCGACCUCAAAGUCGAUGUGGCCGGGAAGCAUGUGGUCGUGGUUGAAGAUAUUGUUGACACAGGGAAUACUCUGUCCUAUCUCAUUGCUCAUUUGGAGAAGAAAGGUGCAUCAUCCAUAUCGGUUUGCACUUUUCUUGACAAACCAGCAAGAAGGAAAGUCAAUGUUCAUCUAGUAGGGGAUGGAAAAUUUUACCGUGGAUUUGAGUGCCCAGACUACUUUGUUGUUGGCUAUGGUUUAGAUUACGCGGAGCUCUACCGUAACCUGCCUUAUGUCGGAGUUCUCAAGCCCGAGAUGUACAAAAAGGAUUCAAGCAAUUAGACCUGAGGCUGUACCUGCACCUUGUGCAAUCGAUCGAUACGAAGAUCUCAGUUACAAAUGAUACAGAGAUCCCAGUUUUGAUCAACAACUUUACCGAAGCAGAACUUCUUAAUGCAAAUGAUACGAGGGGGAAAAAGGCAAAAAAAAAACAGAAAGAUCUAGUUUACCUUUUUUCUGUAAGUUCAGGAAAACUUCAGUUUUUUCCAGGUUUCUGUAGCAUAACAGCAAGAUGUACAACUGUCAGUUUUGUUUGUCACCAAACAGCAACCCAGAAGGGAAAGAUGUAGUUAUAUGGCAUGUUACAUUUUCAGUUUACAGGCUAAACAGCUUACAGUGUCUUGUAGUG